AUGCCUUUGGUCCUGGUCAGCUUUGAAAUCCACUUGGGCCAAGGCUCCCUGUCAAGGGGAAGCCCAGUCUUGAAGAUUCUCACGAGCCAGCCCUGCCUUGAUAGGAGCUCAGAGGAAGAGCAUGUGGCUCUCUGCCUUUCAGACAGCAGAGGGCAGAAGACCAAGAGAGCCCUGUCGGCACAGAGAAUGCCUCCACGGAAGCCUGGAAGCCUGCUCACACGAGAUCCAGGAGAGGAGCAGCCUGGCAAGAUGCAGAAAGGGAAGCUGCAGCAGCAGGGCAUUGUCCUGCUGACCCAGGUGGAGCCAGCAGCAGCCACGGCCCAGGGGGCUGAGCAGGCCUCACAGAGGGCCAGGGCAUUCAAGGGCCUUGUGGCUGCCCAUUCAGCACAAUCAGGUCCCAGUGCUGGGUCUCAGAGCUUUGCAGAAGAGAACUUUCUACCCCUGACAACCCAGCAGCUGACAGCAUUCCAGGAUAUCUUCAAACUGUUCUGCUCCAGCCAGACAGGUACUAUAGGCACUGUGGACAUGCUGAGCAUGAAAGCCACGCUGCACAAUGUGGGUAUCCAGCUGAGCCCACAGGAGAUGUGCGAGGCUCUACAGCAGGCUGACUUGGAUGGUGAUGGAACAGUGAGCUUCAGAGACUUCCUUGGUGUCCUCACAGACAGCCCCCGCAUCCCUCAGUGCUUGGGCCAGGUGAGGAACAGCCGGGUCUGUGACCCCCAGGGCCUGCAGACCCUGUUCUGAGAGAUGCUGUUCAAGCUGAUGAGCCAGGGCUUCGUGCCCUACAAGUCAGUGCAGGAGGUGAUGAGCUGCUACUCCAAGAAGCCGCAGGCUCUGCGGCUGCACCGAAGCUGGAAAGGUCGGUCCCGCAGCCCCUGCCGCACCAAGCGCGCUCACGCGGGCCUCACCUUCUUCUGCCAGGCCGCGCGCCUUGGCGGCCUUUUCAACGAGGAGCUGGUGCGCUUGCUGCGCAGACUGCACAAAGCGGGUGCGCGCAGCCCCUACUCUCAGAUACCUAACCUGGCCGGGAGGACGCGGCUAGAACGCAAGACGGGGAACGGAGCCCCGAAUCCCAACGUCCGACUUCCCAAGUCCUACCAGUCCAGCAGCCCCAGGCUCCGCCCAACCAGGGGCAGAUCCGCCAAGGUGAAAGCUGGGGAAGGAGGCGGGGCCGGGGCCGACGGAGUAAUCUGGGAUACUCACUGGCGACUGAGAAUAGGGCGGGGACAAGCAAAAGGGUCUGUGUGCCCAGGUAGGAGGCGGGACUGGAGGAAAUGGGGCGGGGCCGGCAGAAAGACACUAGAGUAUACGCGCCUCUCGAAGUAUAUGGCUCCUUCUCCCCCAACUCUAGGGCAGAAGCCCUUCUGCCCUUCGCCAACCUGUUUGCAGAGACCUGCUAUGAAGAACUUGUACAAGAAAAGUGUUUGCUGA